GCAAAAACACGUAAACCACGGCUCGAACCCCAUCCAAAGCCCCGCACCGCACCUGAGGCGCUCUAGUCGCCGCCGCCGCGCCGCCGCCGCCGCGCAAGCGCGCGAGAGAUGUCGCUCUGCUGCUGCAGCACCGCCGCCGGGCGAGGCUUCUUCCUCCCUAGUAUCCUCCUGAGCCGGCGCCGACACCCCCUCCUCAACCUCCGCACCACCGCAACCGUCGCCCCCGCCCCUGCCGCCGCCGCCGCCACCAGCAUCUCCUCCCUCUCGGCACGGCAGCAGCGCCAGGUCACCGUCUACGUGGAAGCUCUCCUCGACUGGAACCAGAGGAUGAACCUCACCGCCGUCACUGACGAGGCCGAGGUCAUGACGCGCCACGUGGAGGACUCCCUCGCCGUGCUGCCCCCGCUGGAGCGUGCGUACCGCGCCCGCUCCACCUCCGGCGGCCGCGACACCGACGGCGUCAGCCUUGUCGACGUCGGUUCCGGGGCCGGGCUGCCGGGCCUUAUCCUCGCCGUUGCAAGGCCAAGCUGGCGAUUUACACUACUGGAGUCGAUGAAGAAGCGGUGCACGUUUCUGGAGCACGCCAUUGAGGCCAUGGGGUUGUCAAAUGUGGAUGUGGUGUGUGACCGGGCGGAGAAUGUUGGCCAAAGUCUUGAUUACAGAGAAGCAUAUGAUAUAGCAGCUGCAAGAGCCGUCGCAGAACUGAAAGUUCUGGCGGAAUACUGCCUUCCAUUGGUUCGUGUUGGUGGUUUGUUCAUAGCUGCAAAAGGGCAUGAUCCCCAUGAAGAAAUAAAAAAUGCUAAAAGUGCUGUACAGAAAUUGGGUGCUUCCAUGCUCGAAUUGUGUAAUGUUGAAUCAAUGGGACCUCAUGGUCAGCGGACAGCUGUUAUAUACUUUAAAGAACGAGCUACGCCAAAAAAAUACCCGCGCCUUCCUGGUACUCCUUCCAAAAUGCCAUUAUGAGAAGCGUGUUAUUGUUGGUGCAGAUUGUAGACCAAGCAAUUGCUAAAAUCUGAAAAACAAAGCUGAUCUAUUUCAGAGGUCAUCAACUUGAAGAUAUCUUUGUUAGAAGCAUGGCAGUGUAAUUGUGGUACCUUGGCAUCAUAUUCUCCCUCUGCCGUUUAGGACGACUAAUUAGCGUGUCCUAAUAGUCAUAUAUUUUAAACGGAGGGGGUAGAGUAGCUUCUAACACGAUUCAGCAACUGAGAUCAAUCGUACAAGACUGAAAAGUUUAUUGGUUUUCAUAAAAAUGUCAGAACUGGAAAUUUUCAAGUAGCGCAAUAUAUUGAGGUGCCAAUUGCAGCAAACUCAAUUCCUUUCA